UAUGUUACCUCAGGCAAGGGAAGCCGAGCGAGAGUGCAAAAAGCGGAAGCUAGGUUAGCCGCUAGCUCGCACAAGUUUGUAACAUGGCUCUCGGGGACUGCUGGAAGAACUUGUCGUGGUUCUACCGCCAGUACCUUCUGGUGACGGCUCUCUACAUGCUGGAGCCGUGGGAGAGGACCGUCUUCAACUCGCUGCUGGUCAGCGUGGCGGGCAUGGCGGUGUACACGGGCUACGUGUUCAUGCCGCAGCACAUCAUGGCCAUCCUACGCUACUUCCAGAUGGUGCAGUGACCACGACGCGCCGGACCGGCCGCCGCGUUGAGGAGGUUUCGGCUGCCGCCUUGAGCAACGUGAGCGCUUUCAGUGGACCGAUACGUCCUUCCUUAAAAAGAAAAACGACCAGUUACUUUCAACUGAUUUUUGUCCUCCAUUUAAGUCAACACUGUUUGUGGAUGUUGUGUUCCAUCCGAGUUGUUUGUAUUUAUCGCACGAAUAAAUGUCACGUCAACAACCAAAAAGCUUUGGUUAAAGCAAAAGAAAAGCUCCUUUGUCUCCCUCUGGUGGUCUGAUCGUAAAUGACCAGAUUGCUUUUUCGUUUUCGACACAAGUUGCUCGUUGAGUGAUUCCAAACGUGGCAAAAAGUACUCACGCAAUGUGCUUGAGUACACCCACCCAUUUUCUUGACAGCUUCUCCUCACUGGGGUCGCGGGCGCACCGGAGCCCGUCCCAGCUAUGUUGGGGCGAGGGGCGGUGCCCGGAGAAAAGCCACGCAGGCACGGGGAGAACACGCAAACUCCACACGGGCGGGGACGGGGAAUGAACCCGCAACCUCAGAACUGUGAGGCGGACGCGCCGGCUACUUAAGUACAAGUACAGAUAUUUGUGGAUUUCGGUCGAAACUAAAGUAGUCAGACUGAAGAAGUACAAAAAAAGAUAUACUCUCACGCGGUGUAUUUAAUUACGAGUACAGAUACCCGUGUAAAAAAUGGACUGAUUCAUCUCCUUGAGGUCCUUCAGUAACAAAAAAAACGGACAAAAGUGAAAUGUUGACCCAUCGUCAAGUCCAAGUGAGCGCAGGACGUUGGAAAGUUGCUCGCGGCAAAAACGCAAACAUUUUGUCACAUUUAGCUUCAAAACGUGUUUCAAAAAAUGGGCGGAGUCGCUUUUCUGCACAUUGUCUUCUUCAGUCGUUCCCAACCGGUGUGCCGUGGGAAAUGAUCCAAUUGGAAUUAAUUGCUCCAGAAAAAAUGUAUUUGCAAGAAAUAAUGUAUCUUUAUUCAUCUAUUUAUGCCAGUGAUGCAUCGUGACAAACAGAACAAAUGAAUGGUCUUCUAUGAGAUGGCAAGAAGUCCAUACAGUAAUUAAAGCAUCCACUUUUUGUGCCAUUUUCGUUUGUUGGUGUGCCGUGAGAUUUUCCAGUAGUCAAAUAUGUGCCUUCGCUCCAUGAAGGUUGGAAAUCACUGCUCGAGUUUAUAGUUCAAUCUCAAUAUUCAAUGUCACACCUAAAUCUCAAAUCGAAUGUUAAAUAUGUUACAUUUUAAAAAACAUAAAUAUAUAUAAAUGUUAAACGUAUAAAUGUAAAUAUAAACACAAGUUAAAUCUAAAAAUCAGAUAUUAGCUAAAUGGUAGAUGUGAAUGUUUCAAGUCGAAGAAAAUAUUGAGUUAAUAUGCAAAUCCACACUGGCAAGAUAAAAGCUGUGUUUGUAGCGUCAAAUAACCAGAGGUGGGUAGUAACGCGCUCGCUACAUUUACUCAAGUAACAUUUUCCAUCCAUUCUCCUUGUCCGAGUACUUUACAGGGGCUGUACUUUGACUUGAGUAUUUAUGUGAAGACGGAUCAAUACUUUCACUCCGUUCCAAUGAUCGACAUGCCGUUCGCUACUUUUGAUUCAUUCUUGCGUGCGCGUGUCUAUUUUUAGACUCCAUCUUCGACUUCCGCAUAGGGCGCCCGUUGCGUCCUGCCCGGAGUUAGCUGGGAUAGGCGCCGGCGCUCCCGCGAGCCGUCAGGGGAGAAGCGGCUCAGAUAAUGGAUGGAUGGAUGUUCUAAACCUGCAUUGCCUUUUUUGUCCUUCUCAGAAUCAUCUUUAUUUGCCCAAUAUGUCAAAAACACACGAGGGAUUUGUCCCCGGUAGUCGGAGCCACUCGAGUACGACAACAGACACAGAAACAUUUAAAAAAGUCACUGAGCAAUGAAAGGUUACCGGUAAUGUCGUAAUGCCGAUACAAUUAGUAUGUUUUUUGGACAAUUGUGCAAACGAUGCAGAGUCCUCGUGCAAUUUCGAGCAGUUUGAAAUGAUAAUACAGCAAUAGUCUCGUACAGUGACGUCAAGAAAUUGAUGCAGUUUAAAGUGACGACUAGUGCAAUAAUCUUGAACAGUGUCAAUUGUGCAAAUGGUGCAGAUGUACUUCUCAGGCACAUGAGUGGCCAGUAUUGGUCAAUGGCGAGACUACGACAGUGAGUGCGCCAGUAAUGUACAACUGAAAUGGGACAACAAUCUGAAGACAAAAUUGGCAGCAUGUUACAAAGUUAAUGGCAAGAGGGAAGAAGCUGUUGGAAUGUCUGCUAGUUCUAGUUGGCAUUGAUCGGUAGCGCCGACCUGAGGGAAGGAGCCGGAAGAGCCGCUGACCGGUUCGAGAGGCUUUUGCACGCUCUUAUCUUAGUUCUGGCAGUGUGUCAAGGGUCAAGGGUGCGUAGGGGGGUACCGACAAUCUUUCCAGCAGUCGUGAUUGAUGAUUGCAGUCGGAGUUUUUU